CGCUGUGGUGGAGCCGUUCCGCUCGCUCGAGCCCUGCUGUCACCUGGUUGUCACUGACACGCUGCUCCCGCUUUUGUCCCUGCGCAGGCUGGUGGAUGAUCGGUGCGUGGUGGAGCCGGCUGCUGGGGACCUGGACAACCCGCCCAAGAAGUUUCGAGGAGCUGGGGACAGGAGGGGACGGACAGAGGGACAGUUGCAACAGGCAAAGUAUGUCAAGCAUGCGGCCCAGAUGGAGCAGAAGCAGAACGAGACAGAGAACAAGAAGGUGCACGGGGACGUGGUGAAAUACGGCAGCGUCAUACAGCUCCUCCACAUGAAGAGCAACAAGUACCUGACGGUGAAUAAGCGGCUGCCUGCCCUGCUCGAGAAAAACGCCAUGCGGGUGACACUGGAUGCCACCGGCAAUGAGGGCUCCUGGCUCUUCAUCCAACCCUUCUGGAAGCUGAGGAGCAACGGAGAUAACGUAGUCGUGGGAGACAAAGUCAUCCUGAACCCCGUCAACGCCGGGCAGCCGCUGCACGCCAGCAACUACGAGCUUGCAGACAACGCUGGCUGCAAGGAGGUGAACUCGGUCAAUUGUAACACCAGCUGGAAAAUCAACCUUUUCAUGCAGUUCUGUGACCACAUGGAGGAAGUGCUCAAAGGGGGGGACGUGGUGAGGCUCUUCCACGCCGAGCAGGAGAAGUUCCUCACCUGCGACGAGUACAAAGGCAAGCUGCACGUCUUCCUCCGCACCACCCUGAGGCAGUCGGCCACCUCGGCCACCAGCUCCAACGCCCUGUGGGAGGUGGAGGUGGUCCAUCACGACCCGUGCCGAGGGGGAGCCGGGCACUGGAAUGGCUUGUACCGCUUCAAACACCUCGCCACGGGCAACUACCUGGCAGCAGAGGAAAACCCAAGUUAUAAAGGAGACGUGGCUGAGCCCAAAGCAGCGCCCACGACGCUGCAGAAGACGGACUCCUUCGUCCCGCGGAAUUCCUACGUGAGGCUGCGCCACCUCUGCACCAACACCUGGAUCCAGAGCACCAAUGUGCCCAUUGACAUCGAUGAGGAGAGGCCCAUCCGCCUCAUGCUGGGCACGUGCCCCACCAAAGAAGACAAAGAAGCUUUCGCCAUCGUCUCCGUGCCCGUGUCCGAGAUCCGGGACCUGGACUUUGCUAACGACGCCAGCUCCAUGCUGGCCAACGUGGUGGAGAAGAUGAACGAAGGUUUUCUCAGCCAGAAUGACCGGAGGUUUGUGAUCCAGCUGCUGGAGGACUUGGUGUUUUUCGUCAGCGACGUCCCCAACAAUGGCCAGAAUGUGUUGGACAUCGUGGUGACCAAGCCCAACCGGGAGCGGCAGAAGCUGAUGCGGGAGCAGAACAUCUUGAAGCAGAUUUUUGGGAUCCUGAAAGCCCCCUUCAAGGACAAGGGUGGGGAAGGGCCCCUGGUGCGGUUGGAGGAGCUGUCGGACCAGAAGAAUGCUCCCUACCAGUACAUGUUUCGGCUGUGCUACCGCGUGCUCCGGCACUCCCAGGAGGACUAUCGCAAGAACCAGGAGCACAUUGCCAAGCAGUUUGGCAUGAUGCAGUCCCAGAUCGGGUACGACAUCCUGGCUGAGGACACCAUCACAGCCCUGCUGCACAACAACCGCAAGCUGCUGGAGAAGCACAUCACCAAGACGGAGGUGGAGACCUUCGUCAGCCUGGUGCGCAAGAACCGCGAGCCACGGUUUUUGGACUACCUCUCGGACCUGUGCGUGUCCAACCACAUCGCCAUCCCCGUCACCCAGGAGCUGAUCUGCAAGUGCGUGCUGGACCCCAAGAACAGCGACAUCCUCAUCAAAACUGAGCUGAGGCCGGUGAAGGAGAUGUCCCAGACCCACGAGUACCUGAGCAUCGAGUACUCGGAGGAGGAGGUCUGGCUCACCUGGACGGACAAGAACAAUGACCACCAUGAGAAAAGCAUCCGGCAGCUGGCGCAGGAGGCCCGGGCUGGCAAUGCCCAUGACGAGAACGUCCUCAGCUACUACAGGUACCAGCUGAAGCUCUUUGCCCGUAUGUGCCUGGAUCGCCAGUACUUGGCCAUCAAGGAGAUCUCCCAGCAGCUGGGUGUGGACCUGAUCUUCCUCUGCAUGGCAGAUGAGAUGCUGCCCUUCGAUCUCCGGGCGUCCUUCUGCCACCUCAUGUUACACGUGCACGUGGACAGGGACCCCCAGGAGCUGGUGAUGCCCGUGAAGUUUGCGCGGCUCUGGACCGAGAUCCCCACGGCCAUCACGAUCAAAGACUAUGAUUCCAACCUCAACGUCUCGCGUGAUGACAAGAAGAACAAGUUUGCCAGCACCAUGGAGUUCGUGGAGGACUACCUCAACAACGUGGUGAGCGAGGCAGUGCCCUUCGCCAACGAGGAGAAGAACAAGCUGACCUUCGAGGUCGUCAGCCUUGCCCACAACCUCAUCUACUUCGGCUUCUACAGCUUCAGCGAGCUGCUGCGCCUGACGCGGACGCUGCUGGGCAUCAUCGACUGUGUCCAGAACCCCCAGCUGAUGAUGCAGGGAGUGUACAGCGACGAGGUGACGGGGAAGAACGUGCGGAGGUCCAUCCAGGGCGUCGGGCAGAUGAUGUCCACUAUGGUGCUGAGCAGGAAACAGUCCAUCUUCAGCCCCCCAAGCCUCAGUGCCGGGUCUGCCCCGGAGCAAGUGGACAGAGGGAGGAGCAUUGAGAAUGAGAACAUUGUGGUGAUGGAGACCAAGCUGAAGAUCCUGGAGAUCUUGCAGUUCAUCCUGAACGUGCGGCUGGACUACAGGAUUUCCUACUUGCUUUCUGUCUUCAAGAAGGAGUUUGUGGAAGUUUACCCCAUGCAGGACAGUGCAGCCGAUGGGACGGCUCCAGCCUUUGACUCCACAACUGCAGCCAUGAACCUGGACCGGAUCGGCGAGCACGCAGAAGCCAUGUUCGGUGUGGGGAAGACGAGCAGCAUGUUAGAGGUGGAUGACGAGGGAGGGAGGAUGUUUCUGCGGGUGCUGAUCCACCUGACGAUGCACGACUACCCGCCGCUCAUCUCCGGCUCCCUGCAGCUCCUCUUCAAGCACUUCAGCCAGAGGCAGGAGGUCCUGCACACCUUCAAGCAGGUUCAGCUCCUGAUCUCAGCCCAGGAUGUGGAGAACUACAAGGUGAUCAAGUCCGAGCUGGACAAACUCCGCACGAUGGUGGAGAAAUCGGAGCUCUGGGUGGACAAGAAGGGCAGCAGCAAAGGGGACAGCGCGGUGGAGGGGAACAAGAAGGAGAAGAAAGAGCUCGCUGCGGAUGAAGAGGUCAUUGCUCCGGGAGAGAAGAGCAGUGAGAACUAUCAGAUAGUCAAGGGGAUCCUGGAGCGGCUGAAUAAGAUGUGCGGGGUCGGAGAGCAAGUGCGCAAGAAGCAGCAGCGCCUGCUGAAGAAUAUGGACGCCCACAAAGUGAUGCUGGAUCUGCUGCAGAUCCCGUAUGAGAAGGGUGAUGCCAAGAUGAUAGAGAUCCUGAAAUUCACCCACCAGUUUCUGCAGAAGUUUUGUGCUGGCAAUCAGGAAAACCAAGCCCUGCUGCACAAACACCUCAACCUCUUCCUGACCCCAGGGCUUCUGGAGGCUGAGACGAUGCAGCACAUCUUCCUCAACAACUACCAGCUCUGCUCGGAGAUCAACGAGACAGUGCCACAGCACUUCAUCCACUGCGUGGCCACCCACGGCCGCCACGUGCAGUACCUCGACUUCCUCCACACCAUCAUCAAGGCUGAGGGCAAGUACGUGAAGAAGUGCCAGGACAUGAUCAUGACCGAGCUCACCAACGCCGGGGAUGAUGUGGUGGUUUUCUACAACGACAAGGCUUCACUGUCCACCCUCCUGGAGAUGAUGACAGCAGCUAGGGACGGGGUGGAGGAGAACAGCCCGCUGAUGUACCACAUCUCGCUGGUAGACCUGCUGGCCGCCUGCGCCGAGGGCAAGAACGUCUACACGGAGAUCAAGUGCACGUCCCUGCUGCCCUUGGAGGAUGUGGUGCGGGUGGUGACCCACGAGGAUUGCAUCACAGAGGUGAAGAUGGCUUACGUGAACUUCGUCAACCACUGCUACGUGGACACAGAAGUGGAGAUGAAGGAGAUCUACACCAGUAACCACAUCUGGACCCUCUUUGAGAACUUCACCCUGGACAUGGCCCGGAUGUGCAAGAAGCGAGAGAAGCGCCUGCCAGAUCCCACGCUGGAGAAGUACGUGCUGACGGUGGUGCUGGACACCAUCAACGCGUUCUUCAGCUCCCCCUUCUCGGAGAACAGCACCUCGCUGCAGACCCACCAGACCAUCGUGGUGCAGCUUCUCCAGUCCACCAUGAGGCUGCUGGAGUGUCCCUGGCUGCAGCAGCAGCACAAGAGCUCGGUGGAAGCCUGUAUCCGCACGCUGGCCAUGGUCGCCAAGAGCCGCUCCAUCGCUCUGCCCAUGGACCUGGACGCCCACAUCAGCUCCCUGCUCAACAGCAGCUCCACCAGCACCGUGCAGAGGAACGCGUCCAGCUACAAAACGGCCACACGGACCUUUCCCCGCGUUUCCACCACCCCCAACCAGUGGGACUACAAGAACAUCAUAGAGAAGCUGCAGGACAUCAUCAGCGCCCUGGAGGAUCGUUUGAAACCACUGGUGGAGGCUGAGCUGUCCGUCCUGGUGGAUGUCCUCCACCGGCCCGAGCUGCUUUUCAUGGAGGGGACGGAGGCGUUUCAGCGAUGCGAGAGUGGAGGUUUCCUGUCCAAGCUGGUGCAGCACACCAAGGACCUCAUGGAGACGGAGGAGAAGCUGUGCAUCAAGGUGCUGAGGACACUGCAGCAGAUGCUGGUGAAAAGGAACAAGUACGGCGAGAGGGGCAACCUGCUGCGGAAAAUGCUCCUGAACAAUUACCUGCAGAACAAGAAGUCUGGCUCCAAGGGAGAAAUCAUGGAUGCUGCUGGGGGAGGUCAAGACCAGGACUGGUCGGCUAUCGCUGCUGUCCAGUGCCGGCUGGACCGAGAAGGGGCCACCAAGCUGGUGGCCGACCUCAUCAUGAACACCAAGAACGAGAAGAUCUUCCAAGAGAGCAUCCUGCUUGCCAUCCGGCUGCUGGACGGAGGCAACACCGAGAUCCAGAAAUCCUUUUACAACCUCAUGAUGAGCGACAAGAAGUCCGAGAAGUUCUUCAAAGUUUUGCAUGACCGGAUGAAGAAGGCACAGCAGGAGACCAAGUCUACGGUGUCUGUCAACAUGAGUGACAUCGGGAACAAGCCCCGUGAGGACAAAGACGAGCCUGACCCUGGCACCAAAGGACGAGGAGACACCUUCGUGAUGCCUGGCACCCCCUCCCGCUACCCCAUGGCCAUAGGGUUCCGGAAGGGCCAUGACACUGGGGAGCAGGGGCAGAACAACGAGAUGGGGGUGACGGUCCUGAUCAUGGAGCCUAUCCUGCGAUUCCUGCAGCUGCUCUGUGAGAACCACAACCGGGACCUGCAGAACUUCCUCCGGUGCCAGAACAACAAGACCAACUACAACCUGGUGUGCGAGACGCUGCAGUUCCUCGACAUCAUGUGCGGCAGCACCACGGGGGGGCUGGGGCUGCUGGGUCUCUACAUCAAUGAGUACAACGUGGCCCUCAUCACCCAGACCCUGGAGACCCUGACCGAGUACUGCCAGGGGCCCUGCCACGAGAACCAGAGCUGCAUCGUCACCCACGAGUCCAACGGGAUCGACAUCAUCACUGCCCUCAUCCUCAACGACAUCAGUCCCCUCUGCAAGUACCGCAUGGACCUGGUCCUGCAGCUGAAGGACAAUGCCUCCAAGCUCCUCCUGGCUCUCAUGGAGAGCAGACACGACAGCGAAAACGCCGAGCGGAUCCUCAUCAGCCUCCGCCCGCAGGAACUGGUCGACGUGAUUAAGAAGGCCUAUUUGCAGGAGGAGGAGUGUGAAAACGCCGAGGUUUCCCCCCGGGAAGUCGGCCACAACAUUUAUAUAUUGGCGCUGCAGCUCUCCCGACACAACAAGUCCCUGCAGCAGCUCCUGAAGCCAGUGAAGCGAAUCCAGGAGGAAGAGGAGGAGGGCAUCUCAUCCAUGCUCAGCCUCAAUAACAAGCAGCUGACGCAGAUGCUGAAGUCGACGGCCCCGGUCCAGGAGGAAGAGGAAGACCCGCUGGCGUAUUACGAGAAGCACACGUCCCAGAUUGAGAUUGUGCGCCUGGACCGCAGCAUGGAGCAGAUCAUCUUCCCGGUGCCUGGCAUCUGCGAGUUCCUCACCAAGGAGACCAAGUACCGGCUCUUCACCACCACGGAGCAGGACGAGCAGGGCAGCAAAGUCAGUGAUUUCUUCGACCAGUCAUCCUUCCUGCACAACGAGAUGGAGUGGCAGAAGAAACUGCGCAGCAUGCCGCUGAUGUACUGGUUCUCCCGCAGAAUGACUCUCUGGGGAAGCAUUUCCUUCAACCUGGCUGUCUUCAUCAACAUUAUCAUUGCUUUCUUCUACCCCUAUGUGGAAGCCACUUCCAUGGGAGUGCUGGAUUCCCCGCUGAUCUCGCUCCUCUUCUGGAUUCUGAUCUGCUUCUCCAUCAUGGCCCUGUUCACCAAGCGCUACGGCGUCAGACCGCUCCUCGUGGCGCUGAUCCUGCGCUCGAUCUAUUACCUGGGGAUCGGACUCACUCUGAACAUCCUGGGAACUCUCAAUCUGACCAACAAGAUCGUGUUUGUGGUGAGCUUCGUGGGCAAUCGCGGGACCUUCAUCCGAGGCUACAAGGCCAUGAUCAUGGAUGUGGAGUUUCUUUACCACGUUGGCUACAUCAUCACGAGCGUCCUGGGACUCUUUGUGCACGAACUCUUCUACAGCAUCCUGCUGUUUGACUUGAUCUACCGCGAGGAGACCUUGUUUAAUGUCAUCAAAAGCGUGACGCGGAACGGGCGCUCCAUCCUGCUGACAGCCCUCCUGGCUCUCAUCCUCGUCUACCUCUUCUCCAUCGUGGGCUUCCUCUUCCUGAAGGAUGACUUCAUCCUGGAGGUGGACCGGCUGCCGGACAGCAAAGCCAGAGAUGACCCCUUGGGGAUGCAAAGGAACGUGGAGACCUUCAUGGAGUCGUGCAGCGGUGACAAAAUCAGCUGCUCUGCUGUGCCCACUGCCUUGCAAGAAACAGCCGCCGAGCAGUGGGAACGCGCCUGCGACACGCUGCUCAUGUGCAUCGUCACGGUCCUGAACCACGGGCUGCGCAACGGCGGGGGCGUGGGCGACAUUCUGCGGAAGCCGUCGAAGGAUGAGUCCUUGUUUCCUGCUCGGGUUGUCUACGACCUCCUCUUCUUCUUUAUUGUCAUUAUUAUCGUCCUUAACCUCAUCUUUGGGGUCAUUAUUGAUACCUUUGCUGAUCUGAGGAGCGAGAAGCAAAAGAAAGAAGAGAUCCUGAAGACGACCUGCUUCAUAUGUGGGCUCGAGAGGGACAAGUUUGACAACAAGACGGUGUCCUUCGAGGAGCACAUUAAAUACGAGCACAACAUGUGGAACUACUUGUACUUCAUAGUGCUGGUGCGAGUGAAGAACAAGACAGACUACACGGGGCCGGAGAGUUACGUGGCGCAGAUGAUAAAGAACAAGAACCUUGACUGGUUCCCCCGGAUGCGAGCCAUGUCGCUGGUCAGCAAUGAGGGGGAAGGGGAACAGAACGAGAUCAGAAAUCUCCAGGACAAACUCAACACCACGAUGAAGCUGGUGUCCCACCUCACCUCCCAGCUGAACGAGCUGAAGGAACAGAUGACAGAGCAGCGGAAGCGCAGACAAAGGAUGGGGUUUGUGGAUGUCCAGAAUAGCAUGAACCACUAAGAAUGCGGAAGAAGCAUCGGCUUCACCCACCGAGGGACUACACGUGUAUCAGCUAACGAGGCUGCUUGUUCCUGGGUUCCACGCUUGGACACCACUGUCAGAGCAAGCCGGACCGUGCGGAUGGGCUUCACCGUCAAUGUUUUCCUUAGAUCGCUGUAAGCAAUUCGGGAACCAGGGACUGGCCAGGAUUCCUCACGAUACCUGGACCCACAAGUUACUCUAAUGCCCUUGUAGGAAGAUAAAUUAUACAGGACUUUUAUUCCUCAUUGCAAUAACUCGUUUUAUUUUGCAAAUGUGGAGGGUUGUAUCUUUAUCUCCAUGUGCUACAUUCUGACGGCCUCCAUCUCGGGUGUAGUGGAACUAGCUGUAGGGCUGCAAUAUUUAACUUAUUCCAAGAGUGGCACUAGUACACGUGGAUCUUUGCAAACCAGCCAUCGUAUUUGCUGUACUUGCUCCAUGCCGAUCCCUCUCCAUUUAAAGAAUUCUGUUCGUCACUGUGGUGCAGUAAAGAGGAGCUAAACUCAAGGAGAUGGAUUUGUUCAUUUAACUCACCUGAUGAGUUCCCAAGCUUGUACUAGUGUGA